AAAAAAAAAAUGAACACCAGGGUGCGUGAUCGGCGCUGUAGUAACGGUACGUCACGCACACGAUGAGGUCGCACACGCACAACAACAGAACAACAGCAGCAGCAGACAAAGGUUUCAUUUGCGGCAGACUGACGCACGCUCUUAAAAUAAUAACCCCUGUAAAUCACAGCCCAUAGGUCACUGCAGCCUACGAGUGGCAUCGCCGCGCGUGUCCACAACACGCUGCAUUCGCUGAAGAUGAGUGCGCGUCAGGGGGCCGAAAUUAUUUCGGAGGAAAGGCGCAAAUUUCGAUGAGCGUCAAACGAGCGCAGGGCCUGUUACGCAGUGCGCCCGUCGGAACAUGCCUUCCCCAACUCGGGAGGAGCGCAAAGGGGAGUCCGGGCAGGCGGAGGACGUUGAGAGGCGGAGAGGAGAGCCCCGCGUGUGCGUCCCGGAGAUGGAGAUGACGACCCGCAGCCCGCUCGGCGACUCCAAAGCGGACUGCGCAAACGGCGAUGGGCCGAUCGGUCGCAACGGCGGGGAUUCCAGAGAAGUGUCGGUGCCUCUGACUUUUCCCGGGAAGCGGACGGUUCACAUGGAGGGAGACAACCUCUACCGACUGCGAGACAGAAAAUUCUUACUGGAGGACAAAAAGCGCCUUUGCGCGCUGUCACUGUGCGCCGCGCUCCUCGGGAUCCUACUCAUGAUAAUCCACGCAGAGAUGUGUCCAAACGUUUAUCCCCCGGACUCAGAGAUUGCCUUGAUCAUCAAUUGUUCCAUCAGCCUGUCCACUGGGUGUCUCCUGAUCUUUAUUGUAGCUUUUCAUUACAAGGAUAUCCGGCUGUUUGUCAUUGACCACAACCAGGUAGACUGGCGCAUUGCCAUGACCAGCCACAGGGUUCUGGUGAUCACAUUGGAGCUGUUGGUGUGCACCAUUCAUCCUGUUGGCACAUACUGGGAGGUGAGCCUCCCUGUCAACUCCUCUUCCUCAGCACCUCUCUGUGUUUUGCACCAUCACGGGCAGACGCUGAUGGACGUGGAGCUUCUGUUAUCAGUGCUGAUGUUCCUCCGCCUGUACUUGGUGCACAGGGCCAUCCUGCUGCACAGCAAAGUCCUGCUGAGCGCCUCCUACAGGAGCAUUGGCUCACUCAACAACAUCAACUUUACCUUUCGAUUUGUUCUCAAGAUACUGAUGAACACAUACCCAGCGCGUACGCUGCUCGUCGUUAUCCUCUUCUUCUGGCUCAUUGCAUCCUGGAUGCUGACACUGUGUGAGAGGCAGACCAAAGAAGCGUCCACGGGCCAUAUGGACAUGGCUCUGUGGCUCAUAGCCAUCACCUUCCUCACAGUGGGCUAUGGAGAUGUGGCACCCAAAACCAGCUGUGGUCGGGCCGUGUGCCUCUUCACCGGUGUCAUGGGUGUAGCAUGCACAGCCAUGCUGGUAGCAGUUGUUACUAAGAAACUGGCGCUGAACAAAGGAGAGAAGCAUGUGCAUUUCUUCAUGCUGGACAUCCAGAUCUCUAAAAGGAUUCGGCACGCUGCUGCUAAUGUGCUGAGGGAGUGCUGGCUCCUGCACCGCACAAAUCUGACCAAGGGCAACCGCGGGGAGCACCGAAGGCACCAAAGAUGCCUUCUGGAAGCCAUCAAAGUCUUCCGAAAUUUGCGCCUCAAACAAAGGAAGCUGAGAGAUUAUGCCAGUGAGAUGGUGGACCUUCCAAAGAUGCAGAUGAUCAUGUAUGACCUGAGUGCCAACUGGAACAAUUCUUAUCGGGAGUUAGAGCAGCGCAUCUUCUCCAUGGAGCAGAAGUUGGACGAGCUGAGCCGCUGCUUCCAACAAACCUCCGAGCUGCUUUCUCAGGUUUUACGUCACCGCAACCCUGACACAAGGUAAAGAAAGCUCAAAGCCGACAGAGACGCUGCCCAGAUCUGGCAACAGCACAGAUCAGGACCUGGCAUCAAAUCUGAAUCCAGACAUUCCUGCCUCGGAGGACAAUGUAUUUUUCUUUGCAGACGAUGGUUCCUUAUGCAUGUUAAGAGGUAGAAAAUUCUCAGUCUCUUGCUGCAGGAUCAAUGAUAAGGGAUGUUUUUUGUUUGUUUAAAUAGAGCAACUGCAGAGUCCUGCAGAUCCAACUGGAGGACAGGAAUACAAAAAAAAAAAAAAAAAAAAUCUGGAUCAGUGCUGAGUGCACUCAAGAACAACUUCAGCUGUAAAUUAUACAGAUUCACUCAGACUUCUAUUUUUAGCAGUUCUGUUUGUAUAUAAAUGUACCAAGAACUGAAUUAAUCUCAAACGGACUCCAGAGCCUUUCAUUCCAUAAUGCCAAAUGGACGGCUCUUUAACAGCUAAUGUUUCGCUGAUGGACUCAAGUUACCACUUUCAUUCUUUUGAAUACUGUAUUAAAUGUAUUUUCAGAGUUGUUGAAUUUAUUUUGAAUAUCUUGUAAUAUUUUACAGUGUUAGUUGCAGAAACAGACAUGGAGAAAAGUCGCAGACAGAGAUAGUGAAGUGGAUUAUUCUCCAUAAAGUCAACAGGCCUGUGGAAACUAUGAAGUAAGACCACAUUGUUGGGGAAUGGAGUGCAAUUUUACAAUUGCCUUUCCAUUUUUUUCUGCACCAAGUACUUUACAUUCACUCCCGCACUGCUAUGAAAAGUGCUAACCUGCACAGUGGGAGCCAUUUGGGGUUCCGGGUCUUGCUCAAGGGCUUGAGUACUAAAGAGUGAAGGAUCACACCAACAGUCCUUAAUGAACAUAAUUUUCCACCUGAGCUACAGUCC